CUCUGGCGGCACUGCGCGCGACCCCAGUGCUUCGAUCCUCAGCGGAAAUGACGCACGACGGCCUCUUCUCCUCCACUCAGCUGCUGCUAGCUGGCUGCUAGAGGGACUGUCGACAAAUCGACAAAUCCCGUCAAAAACUAACAUAUCUGGAUUUUGUUGCUUUUAUUUUGCCGCUGGAGUGCGUUUGUCACCCGACAUCAUGCCCAUGUACAAGAACGGGGAGGUGGAUCCUGCUCUGAAGGCGCUGGAGGAGCGACAGGAUGAGGUCCUGAGAAGACUGUAUGAGCUAAAGGCAACGGUCGACGGGCUGGCCAAGACCGUGACCACUCCUGACGCAGACCUGGACGCCAGCACACUGUCACGCGGACCGACUGAGUCUGUGUUCAGAGGAACGGCAGAUCUAGACUCCUUACUGGGCAAGGACCUGGGUGCGCUGAGAGACAUCGUGAUCAGUGCCAACCCCGCCCAUCCUCCUCUGUCCCUGCUGGUUCUUCAUGCUCUGCUGUGCCAGCGCUACCAGGUGCUCUCCAGUGUGCAUGUGCACUCCUCUGUGAGCGCUGUGCCCCCUCCGCUGCUGUCCUGCCUGGGCCCGCGGCACAUUGACAGCUACGCCCGCCAGCGCUUUCAGCUCGGCUUCACUCUCAUAUGGAAAGAUGGUGAGAGGGUAAAAAGAGAGCAGCACUAGGGUUUAUCAGAAUGCGUUUUGCUGGAGGGCCGCUGUAUCUUGUGCAUUCAAGGAACCGUGGUUCUCUUGUAUGAGCAGAGUGAAACUGAUCUGCUUAACGCUCCUCUAGAGGAUGUUAGUGUAAGACUCAACUAGGAA